AUGCACAUCCACAUUGUCGUCUUUUGCUUGACUGACUUGCGUAGGUCUACCUUGAUUGAGAUACUUGCCAACCAAGAACAACUGAUCAAAGGCGUCACUGCCAUAAACGACAGGAUAGAGACUUCCCGAAUAGAACGGCAAAGAUUGGCUGCGGACGAGGAAUUAAGGAAGAAGCUCAAUCUUCUAGGUACUAUCGAUGUCAUGAAAUGGCAAAAUUCGAAUAUUAGACUGAGACAACCUGGAACGGGCGUCUGGUUUACCGAGAGCAAGGACUUCAAGGACUGGGCGUCUACAGACAAUUCAAAGUUAUGGAUACAUGGAAUACCCGGAGCCGGGAAAACGAUUCUGAUGGCAUCUGUUAUAAGGGAGAUUGAACAAACCCAGGAUUCAUCUCAUGGACUUGCAAUGUUCUAUUGUGAUUACAAGGACACUCAGACUCACGAUCCACGGACCAUUCUGGGGGCUUUGGCGCGACAACUGAUUCUUCAGCAUGAACAUGCUUUUACGCAACUGGAAGCUUUCUGCGAGAAGCACCACAUGACGGAAAACACUCAAGGCUCAGCCACCACUGAAGAUCUUUGCGAAUUUAUCGUCGAAUUAUCAAGGAAUUUCUCCACUACUAGUAUCGUUGUAGAUGGCCUAGAUGAGAUUGCUGAAGAUCGCGCAGAGGCCACAAGACUGUUGAAAUCAUUGAACAAGCCAUCAGGAACAAUUAAAAUCCUCUUAGCGAGUCGCCAUGAGGUGGAUAUCCGAAUGGUAUUGGAAAAUUAUCCCUGUGUUUCCAUUGCGGCAAAAAGUGGUGACUUGCGACUUUAUGUGCAUUCCGAGAUAGAGAAGCGAACGAAAAUCGGCAAGCUCCGUAUCAGAGAUCAUAACCUAAAGGACCACAUUGUCAAAGUACUUACAGAAGGCGCUGAUGGCAUGUUUCGGUGGGUUGCAUGUCAAAUGGACUACCUUUGCGAAUGCAGUACGGAUCGAGAUCGCCGUGAAGCCUUACGCAAAUUACCCCCAGAUCUGCCCAAAUCAUACCAACGUAUUCUUGACAGGGUCAAUCGAAGCAGUAAAGAGAAUCAAACCCUUGUCAGACACACACUCCUUUGGGUGGUAUACGCCGAAAAGCCGCUAACGAUAACACAACUGCUCCAAGCACUUGCAGUAAGACCUGGUGACGAGACUUUCGAGAGGGAAAACAUGACUACAUUGGAGGAACUCCUCAACUGGUGUAGUAGUCUCAUACGCCAAAAGUCUCAAUCGGAUGAGCUAGAGCUUGCACACUUCACAGUGAAAGAAUACCUCCUGGGCCUUUCUGAAGAAUGUGGUCCAGGUAUUUCACAAUACAGACUUUCUGGGGAUCAUGUCGAGAUUAUGAGAAUAUGUUGUGACUUCUUGAGCCUUUCGGAAUAUGACGGGAAGCUGCUACCUGUUAUGAAAUCUGAUUCUGAGGCGACCGAUUUCAAUAAAUCCUGGAAGAAAUUCGAGGAAAACUACUCGUUCAUGAAAUAUGUUCUCAGAUUUUGGCUUGUUCAUGUACGCCAGAGUACAUGGAGCGAAAUUUCGAAUGAUGUUUUACUUCUUUUUGAUGAAACGAGAAGCAGUUACAGAUUGUGGACGUUUGGCUACUAUCAUCGCACAAUGUUAUCUUGUUGUGACGGCACUACGUUGUUCAAUUUAGAUUUAGAUGAUCCUUUACCGGCAGACCACCUGAACUGCGUGAUGGGGUCAUCAAGACCUUCUGCCCUUCACUGGGCUGCUAUGAUUGCUUUGCCUGAUAUCUGCACCGCACUCAUCGAUCGUGGAGAUGAUUUAAAUGCGCCAAGCGUUGUUGGAAGUCCACUUAAGUGUGCGAUACUAUGCAAUUUUGCAAUAUAUGAGGACAUAGAUACAUUAGCUUGGAACUCACUUGGAGAUUCUGAAGAUUGGAGAUGGAAUUCAAGGAACAAGGUUAUCAAACAUUUGAUCAUGGCCGGUGCAGCUCUCGACAAUAUCGAUGUCAUAAAACUCCUCUAUCGAUACUCAGAAACGUUCAGAUAUUAUAAUACCGAGUCGGAUGACGAACUAUUCCGAGCCAUAUUUGAUAAGAAUCCGACUUUUUCCGUUGAGAGUCUUUCUGCAUUUCUACAACACACUCUUCUAGGAAGAUACACAGAGGAAGAAUUACCUUAUAAUGAUGCUAGCUUGUUCGUCGAAUUUCUAACAUGGGCAGCACGAACGAAUUUCGCAUAUUUCGCGCCGGGUAUAUUGCCGUUAUUUCUUGCAAUUAUUUAUGAUGAUAUAGCUAAUUCAGAUUACACACGGUCAAGCCUACUGCGCAUUGGUUAA